UGCUAUUAGUGCUGAAUGUUAUGGCGUUAACCACCGUGCAAGUUGUCGUUGCCCAUCUGGCACUGUUGGAAAUCCAUUCACGAGAUGUAUAGCAGCUGAAUGCGAAACAGAUAAUGAUUGCAAUGAUGAUAGUGUUUGUGCGAAGGGAACGUGUUACAAUGCUUGUUCUGUCAACGGCAUUAGCUCUUGUGCAGAUAAUGCCGAAUGUUUCUCGCGUAACCAUGCGGCAUCGUGUAGAUGUCCACCAGCUUUCCCGAUCGGAGAUCCUUCUGUUCAUUGCCAAAAAGCGACGGUUAAACGAACCUGAGUGUAUAAUGGACGGUGAUUGCCCCAGCGGUCACGCUUGUCUCAAGGAUGAAUGCCGUGAAGCUUGUUCCGAACUUAAGCCGUGCAAAGGAAAUUCCCGUUGUUCAGUUUCAGACAGUAUACCGUUCCGAACUCUGAUUUGUCGUUGCCCAGAAGGCUUUGUACCUUCUGAAGAUGGUAGCUGCAAGCCGGCCAAUUUACCACCCCUUGGUUGCUCUUCGGAUAAUGACUGCACAGACCAAGAGUCUUGUGUUAACAGAAAUUGCAGAAAUCCAUGUAACUGUGGUGAUAACGCGGAUUGUUUUGUUAAAGAUCAUAGACCUAUUUGUUCAUGCCGUAAUGGAUACGAAGGAGAUCCUUACCGCACUUGUCGCGUUGUGGGUUGCCGUACAAAUUCAGAGUGUGACACCCGAGAAGCUUGUAUAAAUGGAAAUUGUAUAAAUCCUUGUUUAACAAACAGCACAUGUGGACCAAAUGCCGAAUGCUUCGUUCAAAAGAACCAACCGCUGUGUCGUUGUCGUGUUGGAUUUGAAGGAGACGCCUAUUUAGGUUGUAAUGCGAUAGAAUGUAGAUCAAACGGAGAUUGUCCACGUGAUAAGCAAUGUAAAGCUCACAGAUGUAUUAAUCCUUGCUUCAUUGACAAUAUAUGCGGUACGCACUCUAAUUGUCUGGUUCGUAAUCAUUUAGCAGUAUGUAAAUGCGACCAAGGAUAUGGCGGAAAUCCAUACAUUGAAUGUAAGCCGCAAUUUGCUCAAGAAUGCUACGUCGAUGCUGAUUGUCCGUCAAGAGCAGCCUGUUUGUCUUCCAGAUGCGUUAACCCUUGCACGACAUUAAAACCGUGCGCUAAUCCUGCUACGUGUGAGGUCUCACCGACAUUGCCAGUGCGUACAAUGCUAUGUACUUGCCCACCAGGUUUUGUGAGCAACGGUGGAGGCAUAUGUCGCCCAGUCAUUGAAUUCUUUGAAUCGACUUGUGAAAUUGAUAGCAACUGUACAUCGAACCAUGCUUGUAUAUCAUCUGUAUGUAAAAAUCCUUGUGAUUGUGGACCAAACACUGACUGUAUUAUGAAAGAUCACAAGCCUGUUUGUGCUUGUCGACAAGGCUUUAUAGGGGAUGCUUCGUCAGGUUGCUAUGAAAUACAAUGCCAAUCUGAUUCUCAUUGUGCUGACGACGAAACGUGUAUAAAUAGGCGUUGUGUCCCUGCUUGUUCGGUAAAUGCUAAUACGUGCGGGCAAUCGGCUGAAUGUUAUGGAUUAGAACAUCGUGCAUCCUGUCGCUGUAAGAUCGGUACAGUUGGAAACCCAUCUAUAGCUUGCACUCCCAUUGGCUGCAGAACUGACACAGAUUGUCCAUCUGAUAAAUCAUGUAUCAAUUCCAAAUGUGAUACACCCUGCAAUGCAGAUAUUUGCCAGGAACCAGCUCAGUGCAAGGUACAUUUACAUCAAGCUCAUUGCGCAUGUCCUCCGGGAUUCACCAAUACAGGGAAAGAAUGUAGAAAAACUGAAGGACCACAAUGUAUAAGUGAUAUAGACUGCCCUUCGGGAACAGGAUGUCUUAAUUAUAGAUGUGUCAACCCAUGCCUGGUAUCAAACCCAUGUAGUGAAAAUGCGCAGUGCAAGAUUGUAGACACCAUGCCUGUUAAAACCAUGGUUUGUGAAUGUUUACCCGGAUACAAAGGAAAUGCAUUACAAGAGUGCAAGCCAUAUCAAACUGUUGCUAAAUGCAUCGAAGGUCAAGGAUUAGACUUGUAUGGUGAAUGUAUUCCUUGUCGACCAGCAGAAGGACGUAUUAUAGAUUCUAGGGGUCGAUGCGUUUGUGACUCUGAACGUGGUUUUAUAAUUCAAGGAGAUAAAUGCGUUGCUGGCGGCUGCCGCACUGAUGACAAUUGCGCAGAUAAUUCGCGAUGCAUCCGCGGGCAAUGUGUAGAUGCCUGCAAAGCUGAGCCUUGUGGUAUUAACGCAACCUGUGAUGCGGUGGGGCAUCGCUCUCAUUGCACUUGCAUUGCCGGCUACACUGGAAAUCCUAGAAUUCAGUGUAAUGCAACAACAACAAUGUACCGAACCGAUUUCCCAACACCAGAUAUUCAGGUCGAAUGUUUGGCUGACGGAGUUAGAGUUCGACUUAAGAUCAAAGAUUUCAACGGCCUUUUGUACGUAAAAAGUUACAGUAAGGAUGAGAGAUGCAGGAAAGUUGUAGAGAUGCCUAAAGACGAAGAAAGCUUUGUUUUCUUCACUGUACAUUUCGGAGAUUGCGGCCUUGUUCAUGUCAAUGGCUUAGCAAGCUUCGUUCUAGUAAUGCAAACUCAUCUGAAACUGGUGACAUCAACCACAAAAGCAUUCCACAUCAAAUGCAUAUAUAAAACUGGUGAACAAAACGUAACUCUUGCAUUCAAUGUGUCCAUGUUAACAACAGCAGGCACAAUCGCCAAUACCGGCCCUCCACCUACUUGCUCCAUGAGAAUAAUAUCACGUUCUGGAGACCAAGUCAGUUCCGCAGAAAUAGGAGAGAACCUCGUUUUACAAGUAGAUGUCCAACCAUCUAGUAUCUACGGAGGUUUUGCACGCAGCUGCGUUGCAAAAACAAGUGAAGUAUCAACUAACGUAGAAAAUGAGUAUCUCGUAACAGACGAGGACGGCUGUGCUAAGGACCCCGCUAUUUUCGGUGAAUGGGAACGAAGCGAGGACGGCAGCGCGUUGCGUGCCGCUUUCAAUGCUUUCAAGUUCCCCAGUAGUGACAAUAUACGAUUCCAAUGCAACAUUCGCGUCUGCUUUGGAAAAUGCGUACCGGUUAACUGUCGCGGUUCGGACGCAUACGGUAAACGAAGAAAACGAGAAGUGACCGACGAAAGCACCGCUUUGACGAUGCCGGUAGGUCAACUUCGAGAGGAGGUGACCGUUGAAUCGAACCAAAUACUAACGACGCAGCGACGCGAACCGUCACAAGUGGCUCGGCAGCGUGAUGGUACUGGUGCAGAAGGUGCCAGUCAGAGCAGUGGAGAAGUGUGCGUGUCAGCAGCCGGACUCGCGGUCGCAUUGGCGCUGACCGCAUUACUGGCGUUAGUAGCCGUGGCGGCUGCGGUCGCUUGUUGGCUCGUAGCCUGGAGACGUGCACGUCCUCCUCCAGCACCGCUUCCACAUCCGCCGGACUUCCCCAAUCCGCUGUUCCAGCGUUGAAGUACGCCACGCACCUUCCUAGUCCCGUACCCCGCUCCUCCGUCGGCGCCGGGCGGUGUCGGCUCUUUUCUUCUUAAUCCUCAGCUUUAAUCAUUGCGUGCUGUCGGAGGACCGCCGGGCGAGGACGUCGCGAGCGCUGCACACCUUCGGGUGGCCCCUCGCUCGCGCUCACGACGCCCUCCGUUUAAAAUAAUAUAGUAAUUAUUCUAAGAAUAUAAUUUUAUAUCGCCUCCUCUGAAUUUUGUGAUAUUCAUGAUAAAAAUGUUCGAAAUCACCAUAAUUUUUGUAAUAUAAAAUCGAAUAUUUUCUAAAUAUAAGCAAUU